ACUCAAGGCCCACCAAGCUCAAAUCGAUCCAAAUUGAAUAUCCUCUUUAUAAUCAUAAAAUUGGUUCCUUUAAAAUCAGCCAUUAACAAUUAAAUUUUGAGAAGAGAGAGAAAACAACAAUGGCGUUUCCAUUAGUACAGACCACCUCAUCUUUGCAAUCAACCCAUUUCAAGUUAUACAAUCACAACCCAUUUUCUAUUGCUUCUACUAAUACUACUUUGCUUCCCAAAUCCCUUCUUCCUGGAUUUCCAAUUGGACACACAUUAACCCUCAAAUAUCUAAUCAAUUCCAAACCUUAUUGUAAAAAAAUUACUAGUAAUAAAAUUGCAAUUUGUGCUUCUUUGCUUGAGAACCCUGUUUUGUGGGCUGGUAGACUUUGUGUAUUUUAUGCUCUUUUGAAGACUGGUUUAGCUGGAUCUCAAUCCAACCCUCUACUUUCAGGUUUAGAUGCUGAAAUUAGUCAUGAUGAUGAUGGUGCUGAUUUGGGGUUCUCUAAAUGGUUGGAGAAGUUCCAAAAGAAUCCAGACAAAGAAGCUGCUGACAAGCGAAAGUUGGUGAGCAAAUGGCAUCCUACAACAAAGGGAACACUAAGGAGGAACUAUAGGAUACCUUCCAAGCCAGAAGGGCGACGACUUCUAAAAGCUAUUGCGUCCUUGCUCUUUGAAGAUGAUCACUUUGUAGAUGCCUCUUCACAUAAGGGCUGCCAGAUCAGAAGGGAGAGUGCACAUGGAGAAAGUGUGUGUUGCAACAAUGUUAGAGCACUAUUUGACGAGCUCCCAACGCCACAUCUCAUUGUCGAGAUUACUCCAUUUCCUGCCGGACCUCUAACAGAGAAGGAUUAUGCCAAAGCGGAGAAAUUAGAGAAUGUCCUCAGAUCUAGCCCGUCCGUUUGAUUUUCCUCUCUAUAGCUAGGCAACUAACUUUGUAAAUAAUGACUUGACAUGGUUUACAUUUGCAACUCGGGUCAACCUUAUUUUCAUUAUCCUCUUGCUUUGUUUCCAGACUGCAGCAACCUGUUAUGUCAAGGAUCAGAAGUUCCGUGUUGAAUGAAAGUGUUUUAACCCCCCA